AUGGUGACACUGUUUAAGGAGUUGGGUUACACAGGGUAUAAGGAGAUAUUUUGGCUUGAUAUGAGAGCACCCAACAUGGAGGCUGGUCUUCAUGCCAUUAAGGGGGAUAUGGAGAUUAAUCAGAUGAAGAAAAAUAAACUUAUAAAUAGGGACACUGAUAAAUUGUAUAUUUAUUUUAAACACCAAGUGGAUAUGCCUGAAGUAAUUGAGGAUGCUGUGGCUCCUAGGACUGUUGUGGUGAGUUCAUCAUCAUCAUCCUCCAAUGAUGGAUACGAGACUAUAGGGGAUGAGCCCUACAAGCCUCCUCCUGGAUAUGAGACAGAUGAUAGUAGCAGUGAUAAAGAAAAAAGAGCAAAAAAGCAAAAGAGGGGGCCAAAGAAAUCAGUGUCAGGGAAGAGAAAAGUGGAUGAAGAGGCUGCUGGUUAUGAGACAGAUGACAAGGGUAGUAAUGAGGAACUUAGCAACACAGAUGGGCUUCAUGAGUUUGGUUCAGUUCCAACCAAUGUGGAGAUGGAUAGUGACUAUGAAAAGUCAUAUGAGUAUGAGAGUGAGGCUUUCAAUAGCCCAAUCUCUUCAGUGGACGAGGGUAAGACAGCAUAUAAUUCAUUUGAUGAAGAUACUGAAUAUAGUGAGGUUGAGUUCAAGGUUAGACAGUUGUUCCCAACAAUUGAGGUUUUUAAAAAGGCACUAAAAGACUACUUUGUUUAUGAAGGAAAGGACGUCUUAUACAUUAAGAAUGAGAAGUAUAGACUGAGGGCAGCAUGUGUAGCUGAGGGUUGUCCUUGGUUGAUAUUUACUUCUUGGAAUUCUGCCAUUAGAUGUUUCCAAGUGAAGACCUUAUUUGAUGAGCAUACUUGUGUUAGAGGCUAUGGUAGUAACAUGGCUGACCGUCAAUGGGUGGCUGCAAAGAUAAUUAAAAAACUUCUCAUUCAACUCGACAUGAAACCAAGACAUGCAAUGGAGCAUAUAAUAGAAGAGUACAAUGUCCAGUUGAACCCAAGAAUGAUCGCAAAGGCACUUAAAGUUGCUAGGAAAGUUGUCAUUGGUAAUGCAAGGGAACAAUAUAAAAAGGUGCGUGAUUAUUUGAAUGAACUCCAUAGGAGUAAUCCCAACUCAACAGUAUUAGUGGAGUCAAUUUCCCAGUCAAAUUCUUUUCCACUGUUUGAUAGGUUGUACAUAAGCUUGGACGCAUCAAAGAAGGGGUUUAAAGAGGGUUGCAGACCUCUUAUCGGGCUAGACGGUUGUUUUCUAAAAGGGUACUAUGGCGGCCAGCUCUUAAGUGCAGUGGGACAAGAUGCCAAUAACCAUUUCUUCGUCAUAGCCUUUGCAGUUGUUCUUAACGAAUGUAAAGACACAUGA